CUGAUCCGCAAGCUGCCCUUCCAGCGCCUGGUGCGCGAGAUCGCGCAGGACUUCAAGACCGACCUGCGCUUCCAGAGCUCGGCCGUCAUGGCGCUGCAGGAGGCCAGCGAGGCCUACCUGGUGGGGCUCUUCGAGGACACCAACCUCUGCGCCAUCCACGCCAAGCGCGUCACCAUCAUGCCCAAGGACAUCCAGCUGGCCCGCCGCAUCCGCGGCGAGCGCGCCUGAGCCCCUGCUGCAGCCCGCACACACCCAAAGGCUCUUUUAAGAGCCACUACAUGACCAUCAAAAAGAGCUGCAACGCUGGUUUAAGUGUGGUUUCAUGGGGAAUGGGGAACAAGGUAAAUAAUUCUUGUGCAGUGGGUGAUGAACUAUAGUGAGUUCCAGUAAUGGAGGCUGCUUCACCAGUGGGAGUUGCUGUAAUGUUUUAUAGAUUAUGUUGUCAAUAUAACACAGCUGCAGUGGCCUCUGUUUCAAGAGAGACGCUGGAACAAACAAAUCCCUAAAACACCAGUCACAGGGAUGUAAACUCCUAUUUCACCGCUAAUAUACAAACCUGGUAUUCCCUCCUAUCAAAUAAGGGAAAUAUGUUUCCAAGCAGCUCCACAGCUUAAAUUAGGGUGUGUGUAGUGCCUCCAACACCGCCAUGGGGACUGGAUUACAGUUCUGUCGAUGGAGAUGGGCCUCAAUGAGGCACAUUGCCAUGCCAUAUCUGCACCUCUGCAGUCUCCUCUCCCCCAGAUCAGUGACCCGUACACGUUUUGCGACAGCGCUACAGCUCUUGUAUUGUGCAUGUAGUGGCUCUUACAGAGCCUUUGGGUCUGUGUGGGUUGCCUCGGGAGCCUGGCCGGGAAGGGCUGCGGCACGGAACUCAGGAGCGCUCUCCGAGGAUGCUGCGGGCCAGCCAGAGAAACAUCAGCCACGAAUGAAUCUGAGGUUUAUUUCUUAACUCCUCCUUUUGGUCCUCAGACCCUUGUUACACUGACCUUGCCUCAUGGUAAGAAUUUGAACAAAGGCGGGCUGAAAAGUGCAGGUGUGUAUAUCUGUCCUUCCAGAAAUUCAUGAAGAAUGCUGAAGAACUGGCUGCAGGAAUGACAACUCAGCAUAUAUGGUGAUCACUGCAGGAGAAAUGCAAGUUAAAAGACAUUUACUCUCAUUAGUGCAAGAAUACAUACAUUUUAAAUCCAUGAUUUUUAGAAAAACUUUUUGAGAAUACCCCCUCCACAUAAAAAAUGAAAAAAACCCCAAUAC